CAACUUUACCUGGGUGUACCACUGCUAUUUGAGUUUAGAAACAGAAGCUGUUGGCUAAAGAUUUUGAAACGCUUUGUAAGGUGAGACAGAUCCUACAGAAUGGGUGUCUUAAUGUUUAUGAAGUACAUGAUGUUUCUCUUCAACGUCCUUGUUUUUACAGGAGGAAUAUGCCUUUUAGGCAUUGGUAUAUGGAUUGUUGCUGAUCCAGAUGGAUUCCAGAGUAUCAUCACUUCUAAUCCUUUGUUGAGUGCUGCGGGGUAUAUUUUGCUCACUAUGGGUGCAGCACUUUCAUUGCUGGGAUUCUUGGGUUGUUAUGGAGCAAUUCGUGAGAACAGACCACUCUUGUUAAUGUUCUUCCUUCUGAUUUUACUCUUCUUCAUUGUGGAACUUGUUGGAGUUAUUCUUUCCCUGACCUAUCAGAAAUUGAUCAAGGAAGAAAAUUUUCUGAUGGAGUUGAAGAGGUUUUACAAAGGGGAUAAUUCUACCGAAGUCUUCAGUCAAUCUUGGAAUACUAUUAUGAUAGCACUGUCUUGUUGUGGUAUAACUGGACUAAGUGAUUUUGGUAACAGUUCCAAUUUCCAUGACAUGUAUCCUUUGACUCCUUGGCCUGAUGCAUGUUGCCGGCGUAAUGAUCCUGUUUUGUCUGGAGUCAUCUUGGACAGAGAACAGUGUAUGCAGAAUGAGCCCGGAUUCAUUAAUAAUCAGGGUUGCUUUGCAACAAUUGCCAGAAGUUUGAAAAAAUACAUAUCUUUAUCUGGAUCAAUUGGUUUUGGGGUCCUUGGAAUUCAGAUGUUCGCCAUGUUCUUUUCUCUGUGCCUUUAUUACAACUUUGAUUAACCGAUGGAGAAUGCAGAAG